AUGGCGUCCGCCGAUGCACCAGAAGCUGUCAGAACACAAGCCGAUCUCGAGGUUUAUAACCGUGAACCUAGUGUGGGCUUAGGCCCCGCUCUUCAGCCUCACGGUUACGAUGCUAUUCCCACAUAUAAUCCUCCAGGCACAACCGACUUGAAAAGGUCCAUGGGAAGAUGGCAAUUCGCCACUUUGGCAGCAUUAGUAGCCGCAAUCGUUGUCGGUGCGGCAGUAGGAGGAGGGCUUGGGAAAUCUCUGAGCGAUUUUUCUUCGACCAUCAAUUAUGUCCCACUUUCAUCCUCUCAGAUCUCUAAUCUCUCUUUUAGCUGCGAAGACGGGAGGGUUGUUCAAAACAGUGGGAAAUUUCUCGGCACGUACACCACCUACUGUGGCAGGAACUUCGGUACCCACGUUACCGCUAACGAGACUGAUUUAACGGGGAAAAGUCUCCUGCUUGAUGACAUCUUGGGUAUCAUUGCUUACACCCUGGAAGAUUGCUUGCAGACAUGCUCGGUCACACAAGGUCUUGCAACGAGUCCGAUGCCGUGUAGAUCUCUCUACUACAACGCCGACAUACAAUUUGCGGUGAGCGAGUGGGGUGCAAAUUGUUGGAUCAAAAACGGCACACCGGCCGAUAUCGCAUCGGUUCCUGUGUAUCCGAAUACAAUUUUCCUCAGCGCCACACUCAAUGAUCCGAUCCCCUGA